AUGGCGAUUCGUUUGCCCACUGUUUUGAGUGCUAAACAUAUUCUUCGCCGAUCUAAUCUGUUUCCAAAUCACGCAGCUGCAACUUCACCGGAUGUGCCUGUGCCUAAAGGGCACUUUGCUGUGUACGUGGGAGAGGGUGAAAAGAAGAGAUUCGUGAUACCGGUUUCGUAUUUGAACAAGCCUUCAUUUCAAGAACUGCUGAGUAUAGCAGAGGAAGAAUUUGGCUUCAGUCAUCCAAUGGGUGGCCUCAUUAUUCCCUGCACAGAAGAAUUUUUCCUCAACAUCACCUCUGGCUUACAUAGGCUAUGA